AUGCCUGCUCCUAUUGCCAAAGGUAUUAUCGUGACGGUCUCCGUCCUGGUGGCUGCUGGUGUUGCCGUCUACCAAUCCCCUCAGUUUCAGCAGUGGGUGACCAAUUCUCGACGCAAAAUCGCGUUAGCCUUGCAUAACCUAGGCGAUGAGGUUCAACCACGCGACCCCGCCUCCCCGACCCGGGAAGAUAUCUCCAUGACGGAGGAAAUUGGCGAAGCAGCGGUAGAGCGCAGACGCAUUGCGAAGGCGGAAAUCAUGCGGCGGGCCGCAUUUCUGGAGUCAAGGCGCAGGAGCAAGGACUCUGAACAGCACCGUGGCAGCUUCGACACUCUUGUAGACGGGGACGGAAACCUUCGUAUUUCUAAGGGCAACCUCGACCAGUUGGAUGCUAACCCUUCCGCCCGCUCUUCUGGCGUGGACACUGGUGUCUCGCAGCCUCUUCACCGAGGAGGUGCGUCCAACGUGGCCGACAGCCCCAAUAUGAACCAACGCCAGCUCCAUAUCGAUAUCCCUUCAGAGACUACGUCCCACCACCCCUCGGAGAUCAUACAAUUUACACCCACCUCCGAAGUGCCGUCAGAAAUGUUGUUUGACCCGUUCGCUGGCUCCCCCGUGCGAGAACAGACCCCUGUGUCUGUCUCAGCAUCCAGCCACACGGAGGCCAACGACCAGGUUUACUAUGCUCAUCCUGAUUCGCAAAUCAACAGCAGCCAACCACAAGACUUGCUUACCGAUCUGGAUGACAUCAGGCAGGAUAAUCAAUUUCAGCAUCCUGUAUCGUCGGCACCAUCCGUCGCUGGAAGCUACAGCCUCAUCGAAGGGUUCACUGAAGGGUCCUCUGAUGGAACACUGAGUGACCUGGGCGGGCGCUCAGUCGGAGGCAUCGCUACCCCUGCCAGCUGGUCUGAAGUGGGAAGUGUAAUUAGUAAUGAUGAUGCUGGUCAUCAACAGCUACUGUAA